AAACGAGCGACAAAGCGAGUGCGCAAUCAGGAAUCAGUGCUUCGAAUCAGUUUUGAAUUCGGUGUCGGGUCAGUCCGCUCGCGCCAAGUUCGGUGCCUAGUGAUUUGUUUUCCUCGGAUUUGGACCUACCUCCGAACGGGAUGAAGUUUUUGGUGUUGAUGGCCUCUCUGGGGGUGGCCUUUGCCCGGCCGGAGCCGCCGGUCUCAAACGGGUACUCAUCAGGGAUCCAACUAGACUCCUACGCGGCGCCCAUCGGUGGCGGCGGCGGCGGGUACCCCUCCUCCGGGGGCGGCUACCCUUCUUCGGGAGGCGGCUACCCCUCAGGGCCCUCGCCGCAGUACGGCGUCCCGGCGCAGGCCCCCGUAGUCCACAAGCACGUCUACGUCCACGUCCCGCCUCCGGAGCCAACUUACUACGCGCCCAAAAGGCCGUCCCCGCCACCGCCGCCCCCGCAGAAGCACUACAAGAUCGUGUUCAUCAAGGCGCCCACCCCACCCCCGCCCACCGCCCCUGACAUCCCGGCCCUCCCCCCGCCGGCCGAGCAGAAGACCCUCAUCUACGUCCUCGUCAAGAAGCCAGACGAGCAGCCAGAGAUCUCCAUCCCCACGCCCGCACCCACGCAACCCUCCAAGCCCGAGGUCUACUUCAUCCGAUACAAGACACAGAAACAAGAGGGCUAUCCUAACUCAGUGGGAACAGAGUACGGUGCACCAUCAGCCCCUUCGGCACCAGGAGACUCCUAUGGCGCGCCACCUUCCAGCUCGUACGGCGCCCCCAGCGGAUCGAGUAGCUACUAAAAACUCCCCACAGAGGGAAUUAAAGUCUAAGUCAACUCGUCCAAGUCCUAUGUCUCGAAAGAAAAACAAAAACAAAGGCCAUGAUUUUAGGCACGUUGCCAUUUUAUUUCUAAUUUUGUUCGCCUCACGCCGAUGUCCUCUCAAGACACACUGUUCAAGUUUCGUUCCUCAUGGGGACUUAGAUGUAAAAGCUUUUCGUAAACAGGGUGAUCCAAAAGUCCAACACCACCGAUAUGAGGAAUCCAACCUCGUGACUUCAAUGAAAUGAGACAGAGACUACAAAUGUUGGAUAAUCCCGAAUCAAAAAAAGCGAAUGUUGGAACCCCUAAAAUUGUAAGAUCACACUGAAAUAUGAUAAAAACCUCAGGUGUUAUAGGGGUGGGGCGAGACUUUUGGAUCACCCUGUAUAAUGGAUACCUGGAGAAAAGUGCGUCUAAUUUAAGGGACACCAGCGACCUUGGGCUUUUGAAUGUUUUAGACUCAGUGAUCAAAAUUGUCCUCGCAUCCAAAUAUCGUGCAUGUCAUGAACAUGGCGAGGUGUCAUAUUCGAGAUUCGCAUCAUUGGACAGUAUGGUAGCCCGGUAUUUCGACCGUACCAUGAGACGAAAUUUGAACGGAUGUAUAGAGACAGCACGGACAAAAAUCUAAGGACGAGACGUUUGAGGCAACGUCCCUAAGACGUCUUCAAGAAACCUUAGUUUAUAGUCUAUCAAGAUCAUCCAUCUACUGAGGGUGCAUACCAAAGAGAAACUAACAUCAAACGUUCCUUAAUUUAGUAAAUUUUGUAAGAUCCUUUUUGAAAGAUACAGGCGAAUUUUUGGGUCGGAUUGGGCCUACAGAUAAUGCUCUUUGACCAGGACCUUACUGUCUAGUAAUUAGACGUCACAAAAGGGCUUGAGCGAUUCGUGCGAGAAAAAAAUUUAGUAAAAUCACUAAUUUCACCGGUAUAUAUUAAUCGCCGAGGAUUUCAGUAAUGUUACCAACUUAGCAAGCGGUAAGUUUACCGUGUUUGGUGAAUAGAAAAAAUAUUUAAAAUUACCAAAAACACGAUGAUUUGAUUAGGAAUUCUUGUCGACCAAUUACUACGGGGAGAGUUGGUGACUUCUCUGACUUUUUCCGGUUUUCAAGUAACUCCAUUCAAUUUUCUGUUCCUUUCUCUUCCAUUCCGGUCCUUGAACCAUCACUGCCCCGCCUAUCUUUAUGGACGUCAAAGGUGUUACUCAGAGAAAACCUCGGUACAUGUGAAAACGUUCCUAAUUUUCAGAAGAUGUAUCCUUGCCGUGCUGUCCCGUAGAGAAAUGAGUCGAGCUGUGAGAACUUUAAGAAAUUCAGCCAUAAAAUCAUGACCACUUAUGGUGCAGCGAAAAUGUCGGAUAAACUGUUCCUGCCUUUCUCAAUCUCGAACUUGGUAGCGAGCCAGUGGCGUGGCGAGAAUUGUGAUGUAUCGAUUGUUAUACCAAUUAAACCUAUGGUAAAGAACCGGUUAUUAAGGUGUUCGCUGCGAACACCCUCUUUAUCGAUCCUUUUCCAUAGGUUUAAAUGGCAUGAAAAUCGAUAUAUCGCAAUUUACGCCACGCCACUGUAGCGAGCGUGACCUCGCACUGAGAUAGAAAACCAGUAAAUUUGGUCAUUUUACCGGUAUUUUCACGGCGAUCGGUAGCCACUUCGAACUUCCUGAAUAUUUACCGGUUUUUUUUUUUAUCUCAAGGCGUCCCGACACAAAAGCUGUAAUAGAUUACUUCCUCCGAUAAAGGAAUGAGGAUUUUCUCGAUCCUACAAAUGUAAAGUCCAACUAAUUUCUCUCUCAUGAUAAGUUCAUGAUGUGUCUAGGUCCGUCUUUGAAGAUUUUUAUUUACUUCUAGAAAUUUUAUAUAUUUUCCUAUAAAUCCCCGUGAAAGUAGAGUUACCGUUUUCUUACUGUACCGUGCCCAUUCCCAAGAAACGUUUAAAACAGAAAAAAAAUCAGCUCCUCCUUUUGAGUUGCUUUUAUUCACAACAAGAAAUACUGUUCCUUAGCUGGUAUAUUUAUGAGAGCUCAACGAAUUUCAGACUGAUCGAAGUUCAUUGUUGGCUUUAAGUCUUGCACGACUGCGAAUGGAGCCAGGUUUGAAUAAUACGGGUAUGAAAGCGUGUACUGUGAGAGCGCUGGACUAUACUUAACUUUGGAAAGUUACUUCUUUCGAAUUGGUAUCGGGAAAGUAAUUGACCCAGUAAUAAUGAAUACCUACCUAUUGAUAGUGAAAAUCGAAAAUUAAACGUAUUAUGAACGGUGAAACGCACAAUGCAAACUGUAAAUUAUACAAAAUUAAGUGUCCGAAUUUUGAUGCACUAUCAUGUAACAAAUUGUAAAUAACAAUAAAAACGUUUAAUUUUUUUUAAA